UGAUGGAGGCGGGGAAGAGGGAUGUGCUGUUGAUUUCUGGCCCCAAGUUACCUGGCUGAUGAGAACUCCAGCUGCAGCGGGAGCAAUAAUCCCUGCCACUAUGCCAAAGGAGACAGCUGCUGCAAUCCGGUGAGCAUGGGCUACAUCCAAAAACUGGUGGAGAAAAAAAUACCAGGGAUUUACGUCCUGUCGCUCAAGAUUGGGAGCAACAUGAUCCAGGAUGUGGAGAACAGCUUCUUCAUGAAUGUCAACGAUCAGGUGAGGGAGGUGUGCAGCCAGCUGGCCACGGACCCUCACCUCCAGGGAGGCUACAACGCCAUGGGCUUCUCCCAGGGAGGCCAAUUCCUGAGGGCUGUGGCCCAGAGGUGCCCUUCUCCACCCAUGCUCAACCUGAUCUCCAUCGGGGGACAGCACCAAGGGGUGUACGGCUUCCCACGCUGUCCCGGGGAGAGCUCCCACCUCUGCGACUGGAUCCGAAAAACCCUGGAUCUGGGAGCCUACACAAAGGCUGUGCAGGAGCACUUGGUGCAAGCAGAGUAUUGGCACGACCCUCUGAAGGAAGAGGACUACAGGAAAAACAGCAUUUUUCUAGCUGACAUCAAUCAGGAGAGGGGCAUCAAUGAGACUUAUAAGAAAAACCUGAUGGCUCUGAAAAAGUUUGUGAUGGUGAAAUUCCUCAAUGAUACCAUGGUGGACCCGCCGAUCUCUGAGUGGUUUGGGUUUUACAAAAGUGGCCAAGCCAAGGAGACCAUCCCACUGCAGGAGACCUCGUUGUACAAAGAGGAUCGCCUGGGGCUGCAGGAGAUGGACAAAGCAGGGAAGUUGGUGUUCCUGGGGGUGAAGGGAGAUCACCUGCACUUCUCAGAAGAGUGGUUUGACAGCAGCAUCCUCCCCUUCCUGCAGUGAAGCUCCUCUGGGAGCACUGGGCAGGGUUUUUCACUGUAACUAUCACCAGCCACUGUGCAACAGCACUCAGUGCAUCCAAACCUGCAGGGAUUUGGGGAACAAGGGGGGGUUUAGCUCAGCAGGGUUUGCCAGGAUGUAAUUCCACUCCCAUCUGGGCAGAGCCUUGAUCUGACUCUGACACACUCCAGCCUGCACAGGGCCUGGUAAACCCAUCUCAGUUCUCAGAGCUGUGGCUGAGCUGGUCCCUGGGUGAGGGCAAAGUUGUGCCAGAGGUUUAUUCUCCAUCCCCUGUUCCUGCAGGAGACUCUGGCAGUAUUAACUCACAAGUGCAGGAAUCAACAAGACUCAUGGCUCUAUGCAGGGGAAUUGUGUUGCAGCCCAUCUUUAAAAAUGGGGGUGAAAAGGCCAAAUUUAGGGGUUUCUGGGGAAAAAAAGAAGAGGGUUUGGAAUGUAGCAGUAUUAACAGCUUGAAAAGUUUUCAACUAAUGGCUUGGUUUAUGCUCUUUUGUACAACUGAAAUCAAUAAAGAACUUUCCAUCUAACCAACUAAAAAAAAAAAAAAA